AUGGCGAUUGCCUUCACGUUGGACCCGGGCCCAGAGGGCCCCCACAGACCUGGAAGAGUCAAUGCUGAAGAUGGCCCUUCAUUGGGACACGAAGAAUAUCUUCCUAUCUCACAGGAGUGUGAAGACGACCAGUAUGCCCGGUAUGCUGUUGUCGUAACUGGAAGCCAAUCCUUCCCUCUCCACUUCUUUCAUCCCUAUCCAUUUCAUCUACCAGUAUAUGCCACACCCCCAAGGAGCUUUCCAGAAGUUCACCAUGAAGGGCCUGUGACUCUGAAUUCCCAAAGAGAGGAACUGGCUAUCUCGAGGGAUGAAGUGGAUAUCUCAAGGGAGGAAGUGGAUAUCUCAAGGGAGGAAGUGGAUGUCUCAAGGGAGGAAGUGGAUGUCUCAAGGGAGGAUGUGGAUGUCUCAAGGGAGGAAGUGGAUGUCUCAAGGGAGGAAGUGGAUGUCUCAAGGGAGGAUGUGGAUGUCUUAAGAGAGGCGUUUAAGGGCAGCAUGGGUGUACUAGCUGCUGCCUUACCCACUCACACUACUAGUAUCACCAAUGGAGUGGAGUCAUUGGAGCCAUCUGUGGAGGACGGCCAGGCCAGUGGGAUCAGCCAUCUUGUGACUUCACCCAGAGAAGAGGAUGAGGGCGGACGACAGGCCAGAAGACAGCAAGAAGCCAAAAAGAAGCGCAAAAACCGACGUCGCAAACGGCAUUGACACAGAAUGACAACGUUAUUGACCUAAACUAUUUCUACUGCACACCUUUUCUGGGGUGCCAAUUGUUGUAAUGAUGUAAAUAUGGGCAAUCAUUAAUCAUUACCAAUAGGUGGCGCCCAAUGACCAUAGAAUUAACUUAGUAGCCUACUUACCGUCCUUUCAUAUAAAAGUACAAACUCGGCAUCAGUAUUUUUGUGGUUUAUUUAUAACAAGUUACCAGAACAAUAUCUAUGCAUUAG